CGCAUGACCAGCAGCGAAGCCAUGGACACCCUGGGGCAGUACAAGAUCACGGUAUGGGAGGAGGAGAGCUUCCAGGGCAAGCGCUGCGAGUUCCUCAUGGAGUGCCCCAGCAUCAUGGAGCGUGGCUUCCGCAAGAUCCGCUCCAUCAAGGUGGAGUCUGGCCCCUGGGUGGGCUUCGAGUACCCUGAGUACCAGGGGCAGCAGUUUAUCCUGGAGAAGGGUGACUAUCCCCGGUGGGAGGCCUGGAGUGGGAACAGUGGCUACCGGACCGAGCACCUCCUCUCCUUCCGGCCCAUCAAGUGUGCGAACCACAAUGACAGCAAAGUCAUCCUCUACGAGGCUGAGAACUUUCAGGGGCACAAGUUUGAGCUGAGUGAUGACUACCCCUCGCUGCAGGCCAUGGGUUGGGGCAACAAGGAGGUGGCAUCCAUCAAAGUGAACGCCGGAGCGUGGGUGGCAUACCAGUACCCAGGAUACAGGGGCUACCAGUAUGUGCUGGAGCGGGACAGACAGAACGGUGAGUUCAAGAAGUACAAUGAAUACAGCAGCCAGGCUCACACCAACCAGAUCCAAUCCAUCCGCCGUGUCCAGCACUGA